CCUCAUUAAACUCCUUUUACCCAACACAAAACCCCAGGCAAGCGAAGUAGCCCUGAGAGUGUUCUCCAUGGCGAAGAGGAUCUUGGCUGCCCUCCAUCACCACUUGAUCCGCCCUCAUCAUGCUCAUCUUCCUUCCCCCGCGGUUUCAUAUAGUCGACUGCUUUCAACAACCACUGUGACACCAUAUUCAAGUAAUGGUGAAAUCCCAUCUAAUUUGCUUAUGCCCAAGAAGUCUGUGUCGAUUGCAGAUCAUACUCAAGGAGUGUACCAGGAUCUGGUAAUCCCUGUGACGAAUUUUCAUUUUGAAGAUAAGGGACUUAUGGCAUUAGCUGGGGAUGUGUUUGAUGUACCAAUCAGGAAAGACAUUGUGCAUAGAGUUGUGAGAUGGCAGCUUGCCAAGCGUCAACAGGGAACCCAUUCCACUAAAACAAUCAGUGAAGUAAGUGGAACUGGGAGAAAGCCGCAUCCGCAGAAGGGUACUGGUAGAGCAAGGCAGGGAUCAAAACGUAGUUGUCAUAUGAGAGGAGGUUCUACCAUGCAUGGUCCUAAACCACGGAGUCAUGCCUUUAAGCUAAACAAAAUGGUUCGGCGUUUGGGCUUGAAGAUUGCAUUAUCAGCACGUGCCACAGAAGGGAAGCUUGUGAUUUUUGAUGAUCUGGAGGUCCCUACUCACAAAACCAAAAACAUUGUUCAUUGGGUCAAUGGGCUGGACGAUUCAAAGAAAUUGCUGUUGGUUGAUGAUGGUCCUAUUAAUGAAAAGUUGAAGUUGGCUACACAGAACAUACAUUAUGUUAAUGUGUUGCCUUCAAUUGGUCUGAAUGUGUACAGCAUCUUGCAACACGACACUUUGGUUAUGUCUCGUGGGGCAGUGAAUCGGAUAGUUGAGCGGAUGCACACCCCAAUCAAACGAGAAGGAAGCAAGGAUAUGGUAACGAGUUGAUUUUCUAUGCACAUCCCAAUCACUUGAUAUGAUUGUAGCCAUAUCUUUUCACGAGGCUUCAACCAUCAGACAAUUUUGCAGCUAGAAAUGAGAUUUAUUUUCAUAUUUAACCCUUUUCUCUUUAGCUUAGGAUGAAAUAUACGUGUAGUUGUGUCAACCACCCUGGUUGAACUGCGAGCAUGCAUUACUUAGAACAUCAUGUGGUUUUUCUUGAAGCUGUAAUUCGUUUUAGCUCAUCUGGUCAAUGAAUAAGGAACAACAUCUCUUGAGUUUGAUUUCAGAACUUGCUUUAUGA